GGGCCUGUCCAGGCUGGUGCUGGGGGCGGUCCUAAGGGAAGAGCAACACUUCCCAGCCUCUGACUGUGUCCCCCAAGGGGCAGGGAGGUCGCUCCCCGAGCUAGUUCCCUGCUAGGUUGGAGAGGUCAACCUAGUGUUCUCUCAAACGAGUGUUCUUAUACCAACUGAACUGUCGACAUCCCAGUCUCCGCGCGCGGUCUUUUGAGACUCCCAAAGAGCCAGUCUAGAUCUUAUGGCGGAGCAGGUCCGCUUGGGCCGGAAGCGUCCGCUGCCUGUUUGCCCCAACCCGCUGUUCGUUCGUUGGCUGACGGAGUGGCGGGACGAGGCGGCCAGCAGAGGGCGCCACACGCGCUUUGUGUUUCAAAAGGCACUGCGCUCCCUUCAACGGUACCCGCUACCCCUGCGCAGCGGGAAGGAAGCCAAAAUCCUCCAGCACUUCGGAGACAGGCUCUGCCGCAUGCUGGACGAAAAGUUGGAGCAGCACCUAGCAUCGGGCGGUGACCAUGCCUCCAGCUCACCAUCUGGAAAGAACAGAGCCAGCAAAGGGCCACCUGCUCAAGUCCAGGACUCCUCCAUGCCAGUUCCUACCCAGCCUCAAGCAGGAAGCACCAGCGCUGGCUAUUGGCCAGCUCAGAACUCAGGGGCUCGGGAGAUCCUGCUGCAGCUCUACAGGGAGCACCUGAAUUCUGAUGGCCACAGCUUCCUAACCAAAGAGGAGCUGCUGCAGAAGUGUGCCCAGAAGAUCCCCAAGGUAGUGCCUGGAAGUUCAAGACCCUGGCCUGCCCUCCGAGGCCUCCUCCACAGAAACCUAGUCCUCAGAACACACCGGCCAGCCAGGUAUGCGCUAACACCAGAGGGCCUGGAGCUGGCCCAGAAGCUGGCUGAGGUAGACGGCCUGAGCGCUCCCAACACUGGCUUUAAGCCAGAGGAGCAUCAUGGAGAGGACUCAGCAGUUCCAGAAGCCAUCUUGUCAGAACCUGGCACCGCUGAGGGGGACGUCCAGCAGAGACCACUGGAGCUAAGGCCUAGCGAGUACAGAGUGCUGUUGUGUGUGGACACUGGUGAAACUAGAGGGGCAGGACACAGGCCAGAAAUGGUCCGAGAGUUACAAAGGCUACAUGUGCCCCACAUAGUACGCAAGCUGCACGUUGGGGACUUUGUGUGGGUGGCACAGGAGACCAGGCCCAGAGACCCAGAAAGGCCUGGGGAGUUAGUCCUGGACCACAUUGUAGAACGCAAGCGGCUGGAUGACCUUUGCAGCAGCAUCAUCGAUGGCCGCUUUCGGGAGCAGAAGUUCCGCCUGAAGCGCUGUGGCCUGGGGCACCGGGUAUACUUGGUGGAGGAACAUGGGUCUAUCCACAACCUUAGCCUUCCUGAGAGUACACUGCUGCAGGCUGUCACAAACACCCAGGUCAUCGAUGGCUUUUUUGUGAAGCGAACCAUGGAUAUUAAGGAGUCGGCUGGCUACCUGGCGCUUUUGACAAAGGGCCUGGAAAGACUGUACCAGGGCCACACCCUCCGCAGCCGCCCUUGGGGAACCCCAGGGGAUGCUGACUCAGGAGCAAAGCCUUCCACAGACCCUCCCUGCUCACUCCUCACCUUCAGCGACUUCAAUGCAGAAGCUGUCAAGAACAAGGCCCAGUCUGUGCGAGAAGUAUUUGCCCGGCAGCUGAUGCAGGUGCGUGGACUGAGUGGGGAGAAGGCAGCAGCCCUGGUGGAUCGAUACAGCACCCCUGCCAGUCUCCUGGCUGCCUAUGAUGCCUGUGCCACCACGAAGGAGCAGGAGACGCUGUUGAGCACUCUCAAGUGGGGGCGUCUGCAGAGUUCUGCCGACACACCUGGAGGAAUGUUAACGUCCUAUUUAUAGAAGUAAAUCAUCACUGACCAGACUAAAGGAGACUGAAAAUUUAAGUUAUAGACAAAUGGUGCCUCCCACUUUUUCUGCCUGAGACUUGAUGAAGCCUAUUAUCACUGCCCCUAAUUAAUACUCCAAAUAACUCAUCUGCAGUAGAAAUGUGCCCAGAAAGAAGAGAGAGACUUUCUCUAGUGUAGGAUUCCAAUGCAAGUCAACUCAACUCUCAGGAAGCCUGGCACCUCCACCCUUCUGUGUCUCUCCAGCGAGCUUCAGAAGCACCUAACAUACCAUCCCCCCAAGCGGGGAGUGCCAAACAACCAGCUCAAGAAGGAGUUCACGUUCACGGAGGCCUAUGUGUGCAGAGGAUGAGACACGGAAGCCUCAAACAAAUGACUGUGUGACGCGUUGGUCCAAUACGUUCAAGUGCUGGGGGGACCAAUGCUGAAUCCAUAGCACAAGUGGACUCUCACCGCUGCAGGAGAAGCCAUCCCUGUGCAGCUC